AGAGAGAGAGAUAGAGAGCUCCAACCCACUUUUCCCACUGUCACUACACGCCCACACCUCUAAUGUUUUUUUUCUUACUCACAUCUGGGCAACUGAAAAACUCCAGCCCAGUUGGAGUAAUUGGUGGUGGAGGAAGGAGACUUUGACUCGGUAGAGCAGCAGCGGCAUUAAGGGACGUCGGAGCCGACGGAACGCAGCGGAGACAGGCGAGGAGGAGCGGGGGAGACCGCUGCAGGUGUCGGUGUACGAGUCGCGAUGGAGGUGCGCGGCGCGCGUGACUAAAGGGAGCAGCCCAUUGGGAAGCGCUUUGUUAAGGUGGAUUACAAAGUGAGGGGGGGGGGAGACAAAGACGACAACAACAACAACAAAACCAUCAACAACAACAACAACAACAAAACGCCUUCGUGUUGCCGUCUACUUCACUUGGCUGGAUUACCUCGGCACCAUGAACGUGGCGCCUCCGGACCGCGGGAAAAACGUGCGCGAGCUGGCUUUGGAGAUUGCCGUGCGAGUUCUGCUUUUCGGAGUUUUUGUAUUUACAGAGUUCCUGGAGCCCUUUGAGAGAGUUAUUCAACCAGAGGAGCUUUGGCUCUACAAGAAUCCUCUGGUUGAGUCAGACCACAUUCCCAAAAGGGUCAUGUUCGCCAUUUCGUUCCUUACCCCGUUGGCGGUGAUAUUCGUGGUGAAGAUAAUUCAGCGGACGGACAAGACAGAGCUCAAAGAGGCGUGUUUAGCUGUGUCCCUGGCCCUCGCCCUAAAUGGAGUCUUCACAAACACUAUCAAGUUGAUUGUUGGCAGACCCAGGCCCGACUAUUUCCACCGCUGCUUCCCGGACGGGCAAGUGAACGCAAAGAUGCUGUGCACCGGGGAGCCAGAUAUGGUCUCCGAGGGACGCAAGAGCUUCCCCAGCAGCCAUUCCUCUUUUGCAUUCUCCGGCCUCGGCUUCACCUCCUUCUACCUGGCGGGGAAGCUGCAGUGUUUUACGGAUCAAGGUCGAGGACGUAGCUGGCGCCUCUGUGCCAUGGUGCUGCCUCUCUACAGUGCCAUGAUGAUCGCCUUAUCCCGGACCUGUGACUACAAACACCACUGGCAAGACGCCUUUGUCGGAGGAGUGGUCGGGUUGCUCUUUGCGUACUUCUGCUAUCGCCAGCACUACCCGCCCUUUCUGCACUUGGACUGCCACCUGUCCUAUGCCAGCCUGGCUGCCGCCGCCCGCGUGCCCUCGCACCCCGAGGACGACCCACAGCCCACGGACAACGCCACCAGCCUCCCCCUGGAGAGCCUGACCGAAGGGCCAGUAUGACUAGUGGCCGCCCCCGAGACCCCCCCCACCACCUUCGCCAGGCCGCCGAGCCUUGCGCCCCGCGGCCUGUGACUGGCUGGCUCUCGUACACAUUCCAGUGGACAAUGGUACGCCCCACCCAUCGCCAUGCUGUUUCACCCCGUCUCGGUGGCACCUACAUUCAUUAUUAGUGUUUUUUUUAAGUCUGGCUCUCGCUCAGCAGCCUUGAAAGCCUAAUAUUAGAUGUGAUGUGUGAUAGGAACACGUACAAAUAUGGAACAUCACCGCAGAGAGGGAAAAAUAUGUUGAAAAGCUGAGGAAACACGGCUUGCCAACCGCUGGGAGGGAAGAUAAAGAUAUUGUUUUUGCUGUAUUUUGUUUUGUGUUAAUGAGGUUGUCAGCUUGUUUCACGCUGGAAUACAUUCAUCUGUGUUUGGCUUUUAAAGGAUCACAAGUGCAAUGCAGUGUUUCCCCUACAAUCGAACAAGGGCCCCUAAGAAAGUCUGGGAUUUAUUCAAAAAAUAAUUAAAAAAAACAUACAUGCAAACGUGUGGCCCCUUGAAGCGCGCAUCCUCCUCCCCCCCAUCCCGCCGGCUGGUCUAUUCGCCCCCCCC